AUGGCCAUCAAGAAAGGAAACAACGGCGACGGCCAUUCGCGCUUCUCGGCACUCCAGCCUCUCAGGCCUGGAGGACCGUUUGCUUUGGACGCCAAGUUUCGAGCUGACCCUGCUCCCAAAAAAGUCAACUUGCUCAUCGGAGCAUACAGAGAUGACAAAGGGAAGCCAUGGCAGCUGACCUCGGUUGCAAAGGCCAAGAAGCGGAUGGAUAUUGAGACAUGCCAUCAUGAGUAUCCUCCCCUCGUGGGGAACAUCGAUUUGCUUCAACCUGCACGGCAGUUAAUCUUCGGCGACGAGAUCCUCCAACAAGCAUCCGAUUACAUCUCCUCCAUCCAGACAAUCUCAGGAACCGGCGCAAACAGUCUGAUUGCGCAUUUUGCGCAGAGGAAAUUCCACCCGACCAACAUAUGGAUUCCCGAUCCAACAUGGGACAAUCACAUAGACAUCUGGCGCGAAAAUGCACCUGAGGUCACUCAACGUCGAUAUCCUUAUUACGACGAGGCGACUCGGUCUUUCGACUUCAAAGGCAUGAUGCAGAUUCUUCAGCAAGAUGCACAAGAAAACGACGCCAUUCUUCUUCAUGCCUGUGCACACAACCCCACAGGACUAGAUCCAACGAGAGAACAAUGGCAAGAGAUUGCGCUUCUCUGCAACAAAAUGAAGCUUUUUGUUGUUUUCGAUUCGGCGUACCAAGGCUUUGCAUCGGGAGACUUGGACCGUGAUGCCUGGGCUAUGAGACAUUUCUUCCAAUAUCCCAAUAUUGAGAUGGCUGUCUGCCAGUCCUUCUCGAAAAAUCUCGGGCUUUAUGGAGAGCGUGUUGGCGCGCUUCACCUUGCCGUGUCGCGAGCACUGAGUCCGCCAGCCAACCAAUGUGUCCUAGGCCAUCUAAUCGACACCCAGAGAUCCCUCGUUUCCAUGGCGCCUCAGUUCGGCGCUCGGGUAGCAGCUGCGGUUCUUUCGCAACGAGACUUGCGCGAUAUGUGGAUAUCUGACCUUGAAGUGAUGAGCGGGCGCAUCAAGGCGAUGCGCCAGGCUCUCUACGACGAGUUGGUGACGCUGCGAACUUCUGGUACAUGGGAGCAUAUUGUAGAACAGACGGGUAUGUUUUCUUACACGGGAUUGACCCAGCAACAGGUGACAGAACUGCAGGAUGUGCAUCAUGUCUACCUGCUUCCCUCAGGACGCAUAUCACUGUGCGGGUUGACAAAUGAGAACGUCAAGUAUGUAGCUAGGGCUAUGCAUAGUGUUGUUGCGAACCAGAAAGCUUAA